AUGGAAAGUUCUAUUCUUCACUGGAUCAAAGAUGAACCAGAUGUACAGAAGCUUGGUAGCGUCCUCGGACCUACCGUAUUUUUGCUAUAUAUUAAUGAUUUAUGCCAGCUGCCUCUUGAAAACGGUAAAAUUGUAAAAUAUGCUUAUGACACAGCCAUUCUCAUGCAGGAUCAAGAAUGGGAGGAAACUCGUGUCCGUGCUGAACUUGCUUUACGUGUAGUCAAAGAUUCAGUAUCAGAAUUCACCUGCGAAGAUGGAUCAUGCUUACCACUGAACCGGUACUGUGAUGGUAUUGCUGACUGCAAUGACAACAGUGACGAGGCUACAUGUUUCAUCGGCAAGUCUCCUCGGCAGCCAGUUUUGCAGCGCGCCAAGAAACAAGUUCCACAGGUUCUAUGCCGCAAUGAUGAGUGGAGGUGUAGAGACGACACCUGUAUCAGCUACAUCGGAAAGUGCAAUGGGGCAAUUGACUGCCCUGAUGGCAGCGACGAAACCGCCGUCAUAUGCGAGGAUAACUUAUGCAAUGGAACUGAAUUCCGUUGUUCGUAUGGUGCCUGCGUGGCAUAUGACGCACCCUGCAAUGGUGUUCCAGAAUGUGCCGAUAAUUCUGAUGAGCUGCUUCCACACUGUAGUAACGUAAUCGAGAAUCAAAGACACACAGAAGAAGUAGUACCAGUGCGUAACAAGAGACAAGCAAAGUGCGGUAAAGCGCAAUGGCAAUGCCGCGAUGGAAGCUGCAUAUCCAUAUAUGGCAAAUGUGACGGCAUGAAGGAUUGCGCUGAUGGCAGCGAUGAGACCUUCGCUUUAUGCAGGAAUACUCCAUUGAAGACAUACAAAAAACCCUCUGGUAGUCUCUUUAAGAACUUAGAAAAGAAGCUAUGGAAGGAGCACUCAGAAAUGCCCAAGAAGGUUAAAGUACCUAUAAGAUGUCAAUCUAACUGGUUCCGCUGCACUUAUGGCGCCUGCGUUGACGGCACGGCGCCCUGCAACAACGUACAAGAAUGUGCUGACAACUCCGAUGAGCUGCUGCGACGUUGCCGCAAUCAGACCGAGGAAGUGAGGGGCACCUUUACAUGUGACGAUGGCAAAGAUAUUCCGGCGUUUGCACACUGCGACGGCGUGAAAGACUGCGCCGAUGGAUCAGAUGAAACCGUCAAGGCCUGCGCUGGGAAGACAUGCGCUUCUUAUCUUUUCCAAUGCGCCUAUGGAGCUUGUGUUGAUCAAGGAUCUGAUUGUGAUAAUAAACAAGACUGCGCUGAUGGCUCUGAUGAAUCAGACGAGCUGUGUAACAGAACAUCUACUGUAACUCCACCUGUCAUCCCUCUAUCAGGAGGAUCUUGCAAGCUUCCUCCGUAUCCCAUUAACGGACACUACAUAGUUACCAAUGUUCGUGGAGCAGUUCCCGGACAAAGCUUCUAUUCAGUUGGACUCAAUGUUACUUGUAAUCCCGGAUAUGGGCUUGCAAACUCACCAGGAAGACUAUGUGUCGACGGAAUUUGGCAGCCACAUCCAAUUACAGACUACGAUUGCGUGCGUGAGUAUUAAGGAAAUUGGAGCAAAUAUUGUACAUAAUAACUUGAUUAUAAUUAUGACACCAUAAAAGUAACUAUAAUUGUCUUAUCUGAAAGUUUGUUUUUACGCGACUGCUUAAAAAAGGAUUCUAUUAUAUUUUCCCAUUGUGAGUAAGAUGUCAUUACAAACCAUUUAAAAGCAAAGUAAAAAAUUUGUUCAAAUUAUACAAAUAUAUUCUUUAUAUCGAUUGUUUUUAUUCCGCCCGUUCAAGAACAAUAUACACUAGAAACUAGUUUGGCCUUAUUUUUGAAUGCGUUUUCCACAGGUUUCUGUCGUCUCAACAAAGAUCCGAGUGUGCAAUACCGCUGUCUAUUGAGCGGCAACUCCGACGGUACCAGGGAGUGCCAAGAAUAUGAACCGGCUGGUACAAUCGUACGACCGGAUUGCAACAGACCUAACUACUAUUACCCGGGCGUCCUUCCCUACAUGCGCUGCAUCGACGGCAAUUGGGACUACGUCGCUCGGUGUAACGCAGGUUUGGCCAAAAACGGCACUAGCAUCACCAUACUAAUCAAAGACGAAAUAGAGAUACAUAUCAGUGAUUUCCAGUAUGCAACCUCAAACACAUCCUUAAAUAAUUUAGUAAGAAAUAUUACUAUUACGAAAAAUAAAGUUAAUAGUGAUAGUUAUACAACUAAAUCUCCUAUAUCUAUGGAUUAUGUUUAUGAUAUUGAUGAAGAAGAUUGGAGAAUGGGUACUCCAACGAGGAAGACACGCUAUCCUCCUAGCCAAAGGCUUACCCGAAAGCCUAAUUUUGAUACAACUCCUAUGACUACUGCUAAUCCUAACGAUAAUUCUGAAGUGAAAUUUCCUGCCAGUAAAGACACCACAGGGACCAGUCACGUUUUUAACUUAAAUAUAUCCAAUAGCACUGUUAUACUAAACGCCAGAGAUGAAAACUAAUCUUGAUAAUACUCCAGUUGCUCACAGGUAUUAUAAUGAAUUAAAGAUAAUAAGCAAGAUACUCUUAAAUCCUUAUCCACUAUUAUCAGUGGUUCCUUUUUGGGAUAUUCAAAGUACUAUAAAGAAUAUUAGGUAGUUGAGAUUUAAUUGAAGUGAUGUCAAUUACCUCUUAACUUGCGUUUUAGAUGUGUGUCAUAUUAAUUUUAUUACAAAAACUUUUUUUAUUAGAUUUAUGUUUGUUGGUACCUCAAAAGUUUUUUAUUAUUCGUUUGCUUUAUAUAUAUUUGAAUAUACGUUAUUUAUUACACAUGUUAUUUAUUGUUACUUACUGAAGACUAUAAUAGUACAAGUUUUACAUAAUAAUAAAACUUAUAUUAUAGAGCAGAGACGAUGCACAGCAUCUGUGAGAGAGUGCGUCGACUUCCGGUCUAGCUACAUCCGUUCUUUUACACUUACCCCCACUAUGGUUGUCGUGGCAACCUCAUUUAAAUUAAUGAUUGGAUUGACUUACUUCCGGUUGGCGCCAUUUUUAGUCAUCUUAGGAGUGUCUGGUGCACUGAGUCCUCAUCGAGUCUCUCACUAGGAGACCUUUAUUGGAUGCUGUGCAUCGUCUCUGCUCUAUAAUACAAGUUUUAUUAUUAUGUAAAACUUGUACUAUUUUCGGCAUGGGACGAUGCACAGCAUCUGUGAGAGAUGUGUUUAUUAGCUCCUGGUGACUAGGGAUGCUGCUGACGCUAUGUGACGACGAUUAUUCGUCCUUUUUAUAUUUAAUGUGCCUGAAACAUAACUUUUACAUAUUUGUUAGGUUAUGCAAUUGAAAAGAUGGUGCCAUCCUGUUUUAUUACGUUUAAUCGAUGUAAAACAGUAACAAAAUAACAUUUUAAUAUUUUGGACAAAUUUGUCCACCUAUUAUUUACUUAUAAUUAUGUUAUAAUUACAACAAAAUCAUUAACUAUUAUACUUAUACAUGUAACAUUAAUUCAUGCAUAAUGUUACCAUUGUAAACAUUUCAUAGGUAUUUUAUAGAAAGUUUUAUAAAUAAUAUUUUCAUUGAACUGGUUGAAAAUUUUUAAUCAAGACACUUAAUAAUGUUAAAUCAUGCACCCUUGCUAAUAGUAAUAUACAAGCUAGUCUGCGGGAAGCUUCAAACAGGUUUAGCUGCAGCGGUGAAUUGGAGCUUAACCAG